AGCAUUCAGCAUCUCAUAGCAUCUCUCUCCUGAAGUGCAGCCCUGCUGCAAGUCUUGGUAUGCUCUAAACCACAGACGAGAUGGCUCAUCUGCCUGUUGCUGAAGGCGAUGAUGCUGAUGCCCCGCAGAUUUAUCAGGAAGAUUCAUGGGUCAUCAUCGACAGUUUCUUCCAGGAGAAGGGGCUGGUCUUCCAGCAAUUGGGGUCCUUUGAUCAGUUUAUCGUUUAUGAGAUGCAGAGAGUGGUUGACGCUCAGACGCCCAUCGAGUGCAAGCCGCAGGAUCAGUACAAUCCUGAAGAGAAGGUGGACAGCAAAAAGGUCUACGUGUGGAAGUUUGGACAGCUCCACUUCAAUAAGCCGACAGUCGAUGAGACCGACGGUACGGCGCGGCAGCUUACUCCGCGAGAGGCCCGCCUGCGGAACUUGUCCUAUGCUGCACCGGUCUUUGUGGACAUCAUCCGGCAGGUGUACCAAGAGAACGCGGAUGGCGAAAGGACCUUGACGCAGGAGGACAAGUACUCCAAGGUAUUCCUCAUGAGGAUGCCCAUCAUGGUCAGGACUGAGUACUGCUGGCUCAAAAACGCCAACGACCGCGUUUUGACAGAAUUUGGAGAGUGUCCUCUUGACCAGGGCGGCUACUUUGUCAUCAACGGCUCAGAGAAGGUGCUGAUUGCCCUGGAGCGGAUGGCAAAUAACUUUGUCUAUGCCUUUGCCAAGAAGCAACCUUCCAAAUAUGCCUGGGUCUGCGAGAUCCGGUCAUCGCUUUUCGAGGGCUCGGCCGGGAACUCUGGCUUUGCCGUGAAGCUGCUCACAAACAUGGGAUCCAAGUCCUAUUGUCGAGGGCAGCUGGUUUGCACUUGUCCCUACAUCCGGACGGAGAUUCCCUUGGUCAUCAUGUUUCGGGCCUUGGGCAUCGUGGCCGAUAGGGACAUCUUGGAGCGCAUCGUGUUUGACAUGAGCGACUUCGCCAUGCUCAAUGCGUGCCGCCUGUCCAUCGAGGAUGCCGCACCGAUCUCCACACAGGAGAUGGCGUUGGACUACAUCGCAAAGCGUGGCCCAACCAUGGGCGCCACCAAAGAUGUGCGUGUCCAGUAUGCGCGGGAGCUACUCCAAAAGGAGCUGUUGCCGCACAUUGGCAGGACGCGCAACAUCGAGGGCCGCAAGUCCUACUUUAUCGGUUACAUGACGAACCGACUUUUGCUCGGCUUCUUGGGCCGCAACCCCGAAGAUGAUCGGGACCACUUUGGCAAGAAGCGGAUUGACUUGGCAGGCGCGCUGGUGUCUGCUUCCUUCACCGGGCUCUGGCGAAAGAGCAUCAAGGAUCUUAGAAAGCUCUUGCAGCGACAGCUCGACAAGGGCAAGAUCCCAGAUAUCGUGGAGUGCGUGAAGCAGGCAUCCUGCCUGAGCCAAGGCAUGAAGUAUCAGUUCGCCACCGGCAACUGGGGUCAGGACAAAGCGGGGAAGCCAGUGCGCACAGGCAUCUCUCAGGGUCUGAACCGCCUGACCUUCAUGGCCACACUCUCCCACCUGAGGCGGAUGAUUACGCCCCUGUCUCGCUCCGGCAAGUUGGUGAAGCCAAGGCAGCUCCACAACACCCACUGGGGCCUUGUGUGUCCUGCAGAGACGCCGGAAGGGCAGGCAGUGGGGCUUGUGAAGAACAUCUCUUUAAUGUGCUGGAUUACGCUGGGGUCAGCCCAGACCAUCAUUGAGGACUUCCUGGAUGAGUGGGGCGUCCUGGACUUGAUGGAGUGCACUCCGGAGCACAUCAAGACCUACUCCAAGGUCUUCUUGAACGGCAUUUGGAUGGGAAUGCACAGAAAUCCAGCAGAGUUGAGGAACACGCUCCAGAGCCUGCGGCGAAGGAAAGACAUCGACUCAGAGGUUUCCAUCCAGCAGGAUCUGAAGAACAACGAGAUUCGGAUUGCUUCCGACUGCGGUAGGUGUUCUCGUCCGCUCUACAUUGUGGAUUACAAGCAGCAGGAGGUGCUGAUCAACGGGCAUCAUGUUGAGAAGGUCAAGAACGGCGAGUGGGAAUGGGGCACCCUCAUGCGUGAAGGACUCAUUGAGUAUCUCGAUGCCGAAGAGGAGGAGUGCUCCAUGGUGGCGAUGUUCAUCCACGACUUGGUGAAGACCAAAGCAUACUGCAAGACCUAUACUCAUGCGGAGAUUCAUCCUGCCAUGAUUUUCGGCAUCUGCGCAUCCAUCAUCCCCUUUCCGGACCACAACAUGAGCCCCAGGAACGUCUUCCAAUCCGCCAUGGGCAAGCAGGCCAUCGGCGUUUUCGGCACCAACUUCUACGCUCGCAUGGACACGUUUGCAUGCGUCAUGUGCUACCCCAUGAAGCCAUUUGUGGGCACAAGAUCCAUGAACUACCUGCGCUUCAGAGAGAUGCCGGCGGGAGUCAACACGAUAGUGUUCAUCAUGUGCUACACAGGCUACAACCAGGAGGAUUCGCUCAUGUUGGGUCAAUCCUCGGUGGACCGUGGGUUCAUGCGCGCAGUGUCCUACCGCUGCUACGCAGCGGAGGAGAAGUGGGAAGGGAAGAAGCCAGUGGACGAGUUUUGCCGACCAAAGGAUUUCCGAACGAUCGGCCUGAAAAACGGGAACUACAAGUUGCUGGACUACGACGGCUUGGCCGAACCAGCCAGUCGCGUUUUAGGCGACGAUGUGCUGAUUGGCCGGACCUCAGCCCUGCCACCAGACAUGAUGAAAGCGGAAGUGGGACCAGCGAGAUACGACCGCAAGGACAGCUCCAUUCUCUGCAGAACUGCGGAGAGCGGCGUAGUGGACCAGGUCUUGGUGAGUCUCAACAAGGAUGGGUACAAGUUUACGAAAGUUCGCUUGCGGACCCUCAAGAUCCCAGAGGUUGGCGACAAGUUCGCGUCCAGGCAUGGCCAGAAGGGUACGCUGGGGAUCAUGUACCGCCAAGAGGACAUGCCCUUCACCCACUUUGGAGUUACGCCUGACAUUAUCAUGAACCCCCACGCCAUUCCUUCACGGAUGACCAUCGGCCACUUGGUGGAGCAGCUCACUGGCAAGGUGGGCGCAUUGGUCGGUUGUCAAGGCGAUGCCACACCGUUCACUCGUGUAACGGUGAAGGACAUCUCCGGCAGGUUGCACGACAUGGGCUUCCAGAGAUUCGGGAACGAGAAGGUCUGGAACGGACACACUGGGCGACCGCUCACCAACAAGAUCUUCGUCGGGCCUGUGUACUAUCAGCGCCUGAAGCAUAUGGUGAGCGACAAGGUACAGUCCAGAUCAAGAGGUCCAGUUCAGACCUUGGUGCGGCAGCCAACAGAAGGCCGUGCCAAAGAGGGCGGGCUGCGGUUUGGUGAGAUGGAGCGUGAUUGCAUCAUCUCCCACGGCGCUGCCAAGUUCCUCAAGGAGCGGCUGUUCGACGUGUCUGAUGCUCACAGAAUUCACGUCUGCGAUACGUGUGGCCUCUUUGCCAUUGCAAAGCUCAGCAAAGACACUUACGAGUGCAAGCUGUGCAAGGACAAGGCCAACGUCUCGCAGGUUUGCUUGCCGUACGCGUGCAAGCUGAUGAUUCAAGAGCUGAUGACCAUGAACAUCCUGCCCCGUCUGGUUCUUCAUGUUCAGUGAAGUGCAACUCCGCUGGAUUGGACCCGAAAAAAAUGGUUGCCGUUGGACCGUGUUGAAGGGCCACAGAGAGGCCCGAACAUGGGCCCUGGUUGGUCAUUUCUUCCUGCGCACAGCAUCG